AUGAACUGUGAUCUCUUUAAUGGCAAAACUGAUAAUUGCAGUAAAAAGGGAAUUGAUUUAAAUGGAGCCAAGACGGUCGAGGAAGUAAAAAAUGCGGUGGUCACUCGCAAGCCAGCAAAUCUGGCAAAGAUGCUGGAGCCGUUCGAUCUCUUCAUUCCACUUCUUGCCGGUGAUAAAAACGCUAUUGAACGUGUUGCAUAUGAAUUGUGCGAAGAUGCGGCAAACAGUGGAGUCGUUUAUUUCGAAGCACGAUAUUCGCCUCAUCUUUUAUGCAAUACAGUUAAAAAUACAGCGGCAAAUUCACCGUUUGGAAUUUAUGUAGAAAAUGGCCGGGUGAGACAAACAAUUUCCGAUCCAAAUACUUCUAGUGCUAUCAAAAAGUCAGAACACAGGCCUUGA